UUCAAGUACCGAAGCCUGAACCUAGCAUAUCGUCAAACCUCCGAUCCCAACUCCAUGACCACGAAGACGACGACAACAACACUAUAACUAUAGUAAGAGUCACCACCAUCGACCAUGGCGCCCUCACUCUCCAAACCCGUCCUCCCCGUGUUCCGGGACCGCACCGUCAAGGGCAUCAUCACCCAGCUCACGUCCAUGUACCUCGACAACCGCACCCGCAUCUCACGCGCCGUCUACAUCACCCUCUUCGUCGCCCUCGUCAACCGUGUCCGUCAUGCCAUCGCCGAGCAAAAGGCCGCCUCUGCCCGCGACGCCGCCAAGCGCGCCGAGCGCCAGGGCACCACGGCCUCGACCUCGGACGAUGCCGCGGGCGGCAAGAAGAAGAAGGUGGAGCUGAACCGCGAGUUCUUCCGCUCGCUGCUGCGGUUGCUCAAGAUCGUCGUGCCCGGCUGGCGCAGCAAGGAAACGAGGCUGUUGAUCAGCCAUAGUUUCUUCUUGGUGUUGAGGACGCUGAUCUCGCUCAAGGUGGCGGCUAUGGAUGGUGCGAUUGUCAAGGCGCUGGUGAAGGGUAAUGGAAGGGAGUUCAUUACGAGGAUUGUGUAUUGGAUGUUGAUUGCGGUGCCGGCUACGUUUACGAACUCUAUGCUCUCAUACCACCAAGCCGAAUUGUCGUUAAAGUAUAGGACGAGAUUGACGCAGUAUAUCCACGACAAAUACCUUUCGCAGUUGACUUUCUAUGGUAUUUCUGCGCUAGACGACAGGAUCAAGAACCCCGAUCAGCUCAUUGCGGUUGAUGUGGCCAAGUUCUCCAAUAGCUUGGCUGAGCUGUACAGCAACCUGGCCAAGCCGAUCCUUGAUAUGACAAUCUACACCUUCUCGCUAUCCAAGAGCGUCGGUGGAGAGGGUGUUGUAUUCAUGUCCCUGCUGGUCCAACUCUCAGCAAACGUCAUGCGAGCGCUAACACCGCCUUUCGGCAAAUAUGUUGCUGAAGAAGCGAGACUAGAGGGCGAAUUCCGCUUCCAGCACUCUAGGCUAAUAGACCACAGCGAAGAGGUCGCCCUAUACGCCGGUCACGAAGCCGAAAAGGACACGCUAGACAAGGGCUACUUCACCUUGAUCAAGCACGUCAACUAUAUCUUGCGCCGGCGCUUCUAUCACAGCUUCAUGGAGGAUUUCGUGAUCAAGUACUUCUGGGGUGCGUUGGGCUUGAUGCUCUGCAGUGUUCCCGUGUUCGUCAAGCUGCCGGGCCAGCUCCAGAUGAACAUGGGUGACCGCACCGAGACGUUCGUGACAAACCGGAGAAUGCUCCUGUCGGCUUCGGACGCCUUUGGCCGUAUCAUGUUCUCGUACAGGGAGAUCAUGGAGCUGGCGGGCUACACAUCCCGGGUGUCGUCACUGCUGGAGGUCAUGGAUGACAUUCAGAACGGACACUUUGAGAAGAAGCUGGUGUCUAGCUCGGGUAUCGAGGAUAACGAGGCCGUGCUCAAAGGCAGAGGCAAAGUGGUGGAGAGCAGGGAUAUCGAGUUCAUUGAUGUCCCUAUCAUCUCCCCCAACGGCGACGUCCUAGUCAAGGCCCUCUCCUUCAAGCUCCGGGCAGGCGACCACCUCCUCGUCGUCGGCCCCAACGGCUGCGGCAAGUCCUCCCUCUUCCGUAUCCUCGGCGGUCUCUGGCCCGUCUACGGCGGCACCGUCCACAAGCCUCCCUUCACCGACAUCUUCUACAUCCCGCAGCGCCCCUACCUCUCUCGGGGGUCCCUGCGCCAGCAAAUCAUCUACCCGGACGGCCUGCGCACCAUGCGCGCUAAGGGCGUCACUGACGCUGACCUGCUCGCUAUCCUCAAGGUUCUCAAUCUCGAGCACCUGCUCGAGCUCUACCCGGAGCGGUGGGACGCCGAGGCCGAGUGGCGCGACGUUUUGUCAGGUGGCCUCCAGCAGCGCGUCGCUAUGGCCAGGCUGUUCUACCAUAAGCCCCGCUAUGCCAUCCUGGACGAGUGCACGAGCAGCGUGACGCUUGAUACGGAGAAGGUCAUGUAUGAUAAUGCCAAGGCGUUGGGGAUCACGCUCAUGACGGUGUCGCAUCGCCGUAGCUUGUGGAAGUAUCAUACCCAUAUUUUGCAGUUUGAUGGGCAGGGGAAGUACGUGUUUACGAAGCUGGAUGCGGAGAGGAGGCUGGAGCUGGAGGAUGAGAAGGAGGAUUUGGAUGUGUUGUUGAGGCAGGUGCCGGAGUUGGAGAGGAGGAUUGCUGAGUUGACUGCUGAGUAAGCUGUGGACUGGAUUGGAUUGAUGAUUAUGAGGAUGAGAUGAUGGGGGGUUUAUUUUGGAUAUAUAUCACGGAAAGGAAGGAAGGGUGUAACUGGACCUUCGGAAAAUGCCCAAAAGACUACAGUAUAUCCUGGGCGGCUUUAUGAACUUUCUUUUUUGGAUAGCAACUUGUUUGGAUGUAAGAGAGAUAGAUACGGACACAGCAUGUUCCCGUAUAUAAGGCGUUUAGUUUGUUGUGAUUGGGAUUGUCGCGCUCGUGCCUCAGAGGCAGAACUUAGGCAGGUAUAUAACUCAUUCAGCUGACACUCUACAGUC